AUGAUCAGAGCAAUAAUUUGCACUCCGCCAUGUCUGUUGGUAUCAAAUACAACUGAUAUAGUAGCAGUGGACCAUGGAAAAGCAAAGGUAAACUCAGUGAUUCUAGGCCUUACAAGAGCUGUUGCUAUAGACGUCCAUUUCAGCCUGGGAUUCAUAUUUUGGAGUGACGUGACGGAACUGAACAUCAAACGACUUCGGAUCGAUGACGAAAACACUACUACAGUUAUAACUAAUAUUGGUGUCUGCGAUGGAUUAGCCGUUCAAUGGAGGACAUCUCAGUUGUAUUGGACUGAUACAACGUAUAAUAGGAUAUCGGUAUCAGACCUGGAUGGAAACAACCAACUUACUUUAAUCUUCUCGGCAUUGGAAGAACCCAGGGCCAUAGCCCUUGAUCCGGACAACGAUGCAAUGAUUUGGACUGACUGGGGAAGCGCUCCCAAAAUUGAAAAAGCUUCCUUGAGCGGACAGCAAAGAGUCGCCAUCGUAACAAAAGAAGUGUACUGGCCGAAUGGAAUUGACCUCGACAGAGGAGGCAAAAGAGUCUUUUGGGUAGAUGCCGGUUACGACAGAGUGGAAUCGGUCGACUACAAUGGUAACAACAGGAAACUGCUUUUUCAGAUGCAUAGCCUACAUCCAUUCGGAGUAGCGUUGAUCCCUCCUUUCCUGUUCUUUACUGACUGGGUGACAAACAAGGAGUUGCACAUGCUGGACGCUACAACCGGGGAGGUACUCAAAAGUUUCAGUGUUAAUGGUGGGCGACCUAUGGGAAUUGUUGCAUACGACAGUGGGCGACAACCAGCAGGAUCAACGAGCUGCUCUCAAUUUAAUGGGGGCUGUAGUCAUCUUUUUGUAACAUGUCCAACUUUGAUCAUCCCACCGAAAGGGGUUUUACUGACCUCCUCUUGCGGCAACGCGUAUGGUUCAAAUUGUGUAUUUGGCUGUGAAAGUGGUUAUGGGAGUGUCGACGGAAAUGUCACAAGGACAUGCCUGGAAAGCAGUCUUUGGAGUGGGGAAAACAUCAACUGUACAGAUAUUCUUCCUCCAUCGUUUGAUGUCCCAUGUCCAGCCAGUCCUUUGGUAGCGUAUGCAGAGCGUGACACGUUUUCCGCUGAGGUGAAUUGGACAGUACCAACGGCCACUGACAACUCAGGAUUAAAACCGUCGAUAGACUCUAAUUUCCAUCCACCUAGGAGAUUUCUCCAAGGAAAUUACGUUGUUACAUACUCUGCAGUAGACCAAUCAGGAAACAAAGCCACUUGCAGCUUCACGAUAGAAGUAAUAGUCAUCAAUUGCACAUCACUAAUGGUAGACCAAGGGGGUCCCUUGCGCAUGGGCAGUUGUGGUAAUCAUUAUGGAGCGCGUUGUGAAUUUUCCUGUGCCAAUGGUUAUCGUUUGAAUGGUUCGUCAGAUGUUACAUGUGUUGCCAAAGGUGAUAAGCCUCCAGGCGUCUGGGACAACCCUGUACCUUCUUGUAAAGCAACAUUUUGCACUCCACCAUGUUUGUUGGUAUCAAAUACAACUGAUAUAGUAACAGUGGACCAUGGAAAAGCAAAGGUAACCUCAGUGAUUUUAGGCCUUACAAGAGCUGUGGCUAUAGACAUCCAUUUCAGCCUGGGCUUCAUAUUUUGGAGUGACGUGACGGAACGGAACAUCAAACGAUUUUGGAUUGAUGAGGAAAACACGACUACAAUCAUAACCAAUAUUGGUGUCUGCGAUGGACUAGCCGUUCAAUGGAGAACAUCUCAGUUGUAUUGGACUGAUACAACGUAUAAUAGGAUUUCCGUAUCAGACCUGGAUGGAAACAACCAACUUACUUUAAUUUCCUCGGCAUUGGAAGAACCCAGAGCCAUAGCCCUUGAUCCGGAUAACGAGUUUAAUGAUUCUUUAGCUGAUGGAUCACAUCCUUGCUCGCAAAACAAUGGCAUGUGCAGUGAUUUGUGUCUUUUAAAGCCAGGAGGAUACCAGUGCACAUGUCCGUCGGGAAUCGUUCUUAAGGAGGACGGAAAAAAUUGCGACUUUGCUUUGUUCCAAAAGACAAGCGACGAACUUUUUUUGCUCUUCGCCGAAGCGAAUCAUGGUGAAAUUUACAAGGUUCCUUUAGCAGUGGCGAACACACCUUGCUAUCUGCUUCAAAUCAACAGAAAUAUCUCCAGGCCCGUGGCUGUUGACUACGACCCAGUUGAGGGUAAAAUCUAUUGGACAGAUGUGACCCUGAAACUGUUGGCAAGAGCAUUUACAAACGGAUCGUCAGUUGAAAUCAUAGCGCACACUGACGUGGUAACGCCAGAUGGCCUUGCAGUAGACUACAUUGGAAGGAUUCUCUACUGGACUGAUACUGGAACUAGCAAACUUGAGGUAGCGCGACUAGACGGAUCAUUUCGGAAAAGCCUUAUCACAACAGGGAUUGAAAAUCCAAGAGCUAUAAUUCUAGAUAUACCUGAGAGACAAAUGUACUGGAGUGAUUGGGGAUCAUCACCAAAGAUUGAGCAAGCUAACAUGGAUGGGUCUGCCAGGACAGUUAUUGUAAGCUCUGGACUUGUCUGGGUUAAUGCACUUGCUCUAGAUUCGCAGAAUAAGCUGCUGUAUUGGUGCGAUGCAAAACUCGAUAAGAUAGAAAGGGCAAACCUUCAAGGAAAUAACCGAGAACUACUUCUAGAUUUGUCUUCUUACAACCAUCAUCCCUUUGGACUUUCCCUUUCUGGUGACACUCUCUACUGGUCUGACUGGAACAGUCAGAGUAUUCAUAAGUACAAUUUGACAUCUUCUCAAAGUGACGUGUUGGUCUAUGGAAUGGGAAGGCCGAUGGAAGUGCAUGUUUAUGAUGAGACAAAAACAAUCACAGGUGGGUGCACAGUCUGGAGUGGCUAA